AACCGAAGCCGGCUCGUAGCUCGUUUCUGUUUACUUGGUAACUGAAGGGAACGCCGAAAAGUUAGCAAGAUAGCAAUACAGCGACUUUGAGGAGGAAAACGCUUAGAAACGUUGUAGAUACCUGUUUAGUCUCGUUUUUGGUUAAGAUCCUGUUGUCAUGGGUGAGACAUUGUCUAAGGCAAUCCAGUGGAGUUCUGAUGGGGAUAAACUCGAGGACAGCCCUCUGAAUAAUGACAUACUGACUGAAAUCCUGAUCUUCACGGAGGACUUCGAAGACAGAUACCCAAAGGAGGCCAGGAUUCGGUUCAGGGAGCCUUUACAAUGGGAAACAUCUCUAGAAGCGGCUGAUUUCACAUCAGAUAUAUAUGACACCAGAGGCGAAGCAGCUGUGUCCUUGGAAAGUGAUGAUAAGGGAAGUCCCCUUCUCCAACUGAGUCCACCUGACAUCACAGUGCACUCAUUUUAUCAUCUCUCCAACCUUUUGCAGCUAAGCAAAGAUAAAAAGAUGAAGGAGAUCCGGGCCUGUUUGGAAGUUAACAGGGAGCCAAUAAAGAAGAUCUUUGGGCCCAUCUCUCCCACAAUACAUGAAGACAAGCUAUUCAAUAUCCUGCAUCAGCUGGACGGGGAGCUGUUAAGCAUUGCUGUGAGACCGAUCACUGGAGAGGGCAGGCUAAGCCCAGCAGCUGUUAAUACAGAGGUAGAUCUGUUGAAGAGAUUCUGUAGAACAGGAGAAAAGCGGGUGCUGAAGUCUGUGAGCUACACAUCAGAUUACGUGUUCUCCAAUGGUUGUCGUUCUCCACCGUGGAGGCAGAUGGAUGGAGAUAUCUGCUCCCUUAUAAUUGAGACCUGUGACACAGAGCCCACGCUGUUCAUCACUUGCAGUACAAGCGGAGUUUUCUUCGAUGAGAGAAUCCACGGAGAAGGAGGUGUGAACUACUAUAUGAGAAAAAGUGAACUCUACAAAGACAUUAUUACACUUCUGAAAAACAUGUCUCCCCAUUUUGCUGCGGCUGCUAAUGAACAGGACUUUGCCAUUCAAGAUGUGCCAUCCGCUAAAAAGAUCGUACAUGUGGAAACAGUUGAUGUUGGGGAAACAGGCCAAACCCUGAAGUCUUACGGCCAUGAGGAAAAGAAUGUGCCUGAGAAGGUGAGACAACAGCUUGCGCGGAACAAGCCGGGCGGUAGGAAGAAGAAAUUAGAACCAUCUUUGAAAUGGAAGAACCUCGGCCUCACGUCUUCUUAUGACGAGGCAGAGGAGAAGUCUAGAAGGAGCAGAGAAAGCAAGAAGAUCUUGGAAAAUGGCACAAAGUCACCCGUAUCCGAACACAAAAAAAAAGCAAAUUUUUCUGGAUCGUCUUUGCCAGGCAGCCAGUCUUCUCAAAAAAUUAAAAGCCCAGGAGGAGCUGGCGACUUCAGUGAGAGUUCAUCAGAGGAUGAAGAAGACGAGGAACAGCCUGAAAGACGUGCUGACAUCCCCACCGACCUGCCCUCUGAAUACUGGCAGAUCCAAAAACUAGUCAAAUACUUAAAGGGGGCUAAUCAGACAGCCACAGUGAUUGUGUUGUGCGCUUUAAGAGACUUUAACCUGGUCCAAGAGACCUGUCAGCUGGCUAUCAGAGACGUCGGGGGGCUGGAGGUCCUCAUCAACCUGCUUGACACAGAUGACAUCAGAUGUAAAAUUGGUUCUUUGAAGAUCUUGAAGGAGAUCAGUUGUAACUCUCAGAUUCGCCAAACCAUCGCUGAUCUGGGUGGUUUGCAGACCAUGGUGUCCAUCCUGGACUCUCCUGACAAAGAGCUGAAGGGCCUGGCUGCAGAGACCAUUGCCAAUGUGGCCAAGUUCAGACGGGCUCGCAGGACGGUCCGACAACAUGGUGGCAUCAAGAGACUGGUGGAGUUGUUGGACUGUGUGCCUAAUGGUGUGUCUAUGAGUGCGGAGCAGGAGAGGGACGUGGAAGUGGCGCGCUGUGGGGCUCUGGCUCUUUGGAGUUGCAGCAAGAGCACCAGGAACAAGGAGUCUAUCCGUCGGGCUGAGGGAAUCCCUCUGCUUGCUCGGCUGCUCAAGUCAUCACAGAAGAACAUGCUCAUCCCUGUGGUGGGAACCUUGCAGGAGUGCGCUUCUGAGAAGAGCUACAGAAUUGCUAUACAGACUGAGGGCAUGAUUGAGGAUCUGGUGAAGAACCUCAGCUGUGACAACCAGGAGCUCCAAAUGCACUGUGCCAGCGCUAUCUUUAAGUGUGCAGAAGAUAAACACACCCGUGAUUUGGUGCGGCAGUACGAGGGACUGAAGCCACUGGUCAUGUUGCUCAACGAAGCUGAAAACAAACAGUUACUAGCUGCCACAACUGGAGCCAUCUGGAAAUGUUCCAUCAGCUUGGAAAAUGUAGCUAAGUUUCAAGAGUAUAAGGCACUAGAAAUUCUGGUAGGUCUGCUCAAAGACCAACCUGAAGAGGCACUUGUUAAUGUAGUGGGAGCUUUAGGAGAAUGUGCCCAAAUAUCGGAGAAUCUUGCCACUAUCCGAAAAAGCGGUGGUAUCCAGCCUUUGGUCAACUUACUCACCGGCACCAACCAGGCCCUUCUGGGCAACGUCACAAGGGCUGUGGGAGCCUGUGCCACUGACCUUGAGAACAUGGCGAUAAUCGAUCGUCUUGAUGGUGUACGUCUUCUUUGGUCUUUGCUGAAGAACCCCAAUCCAGAAGUUCAGGCCAGUGCUGCCUGGGCCAUCUGCCCCUGCAUUGAGAACACAAAGGAUGCUGGCGAAAUGGUGCGUUCCUUUGUGGGUGGUUUGGAGCUCAUUGUUAACCUGCUAAAAUCACAGAAUAAAGACGUGCUGGCCAGUGUUUGUGCAGCCAUUGCCAAAAUUGCUAAAGAUGUGGAGAACCUGGCAGUUAUUACAGACCAUGGUGUGGUUCCCAUGCUGGCCAAUCUCACCAAUACCGGGGAUGAUAAGUUACGGCGGUACCUGGCAGAAGCCAUCGCCUGCUGCUGUAAGUGGGGGAGUAAUUGUGCAUCAUUUGGGGAAGCUGGAGCUGUAGCCCCACUGGUGCACUACCUUCGAUCAAAAGACACUUCGGUGCACCAAGCUACAGCCCGGGCUCUGUUUGAGCUGUCUAAAGACCCUAACAACUGCAUCACAAUGCAUGAAAACGGAGUAGUCAAGCUCCUGCUCAUCAUGAUCGGAUCCACGGAUGAGAUUCUGCAGGAGGCAGCAGCCAGCUGUGUGGCCAACAUUCGACGCCUGGCGCUGGCCAAUGACAAGGCUAAAUAUGGGUAAAAGUGACCGCAUCUUCCUUCCAUCUCACCCGCAGUCGGCAACAAAUGAGUUACUUUGCCCACUCAAUGAGUAUAAAUGGAUCAGCUGUGAUGCCCGAUGUGUGUUUAUUUAUAUUUUACUUCAGCUCUGUAAUAAUAGGAAGCAUUUAGCCGAAGCUAAACAUGUCAUUAAUUAAUUUGUUGGAGUCUACAACCCUGAAUCACCCUUGUCUCAGGUUUUUUCCUCAAUUUCCUCAUCGCAGCAUCUAAUUUAACAAUAACAAUAAACGCUUUCUUCUCCUAUGUGUGUAGACGCCAAAUGUUCCACAGUUUACAUUCUCUGAAGUGGUUUCAAGCAUGAAUACAACACAUUCACGAAUGCAGCAGGUACAGUUGUCCACACGUCUGAGAAACAGGCGCAUCUGGUGAUGUGACUUUUGUUUAAAAAGUUCAUGCAGCCCUGUAAUUGAAGACUGCUUGCUGAUUAAAGCAGAAGCACUCACCAUAUUUUCUUCUCCUCGCUUUCUCAGAUGCUUACAGACACAAUAGUUUUUUCAGGCCUUAUAAUGACCACAUACACACAAAAAAAUAAAGCAACAAAACACACUCACAUACAUGGUUUCAACCAGACAAAGACAGUCCCAUUAAUGUGAAAAAUUGCUCAUAAAUUCAGUCAACAGUGACGUGAAUGGGCAGAAUGCUUGGAGAACUUGGAGCAAUGCAGUAGCAGGUCCCUUCUGCACUAUGAGUAAAUAUGAUUUUGUGCGUAAUUGACGUGCAGCAGCUCCCUGAUGAGAUGGAGUAUUUUGUGUUAUUAUUUGUUAUUGAAAAAAUAUGGUGAUGGCUCCUCUCAAUGUCCUCAUUAAUUCUGCCUGUUAAAACUAGGAGCGAGUAUGAGGAAAAUGAGACCACCUCAACAGUACAGCAGCAGCGUGCCUUUUGCUCAGACAGCCCCAUAAAAUGUAAUCCUUAAAAAUAAUCAUGUUUUAUAUUAUCGGCACCAAUCCAAUGUCCAGAUAUAAUGAAAGCAAAACAACAAAACAAGCAAAGAUACAAUUACGCAAACCUGUGGAACAAACAGUGGAAAUUUGUCAUAUAAUGACUCAAAUGUCAAUGCUGCACUGUAAAAAGUGAAAUUGUGAAGUUAAGUUCCACUUUUCAUAUUUUUUACCUGAUCUGAACCUGAUUCUUGAUUUU